CAACUACGUGAAGUAAGCUCCGUAUGCGACACACAGCUGACACGCAUGGGCGCCUCUGCAGGAUGUGGAAAGUUGCAUUUUGCGCGCAAUCUUUAUACUUUUAUUAAUAUUAAACAAGUUUUAACCUUUGGACAGAGAAAUAAUUACAGUGAUUCCCAUUAAUAUUCGGAUACACUCCAAAUAGAAGACCUUUUUAAUAUUGGAUCAAAGAACUUAACUUUCUACCGGAUGUUAGGAGGCUCAUAGUUUACUACGUAAUAUGUAAUAGAAAAAUUCAUCAGAAUUUCAGAAAAAAAUGAAAAGGGCAAGUCUUUUAGUAAGGUCUUCAAUAAAAAUUUGAAACAUUUAUUUUGUAAAUCUAAUUAUGUUAUAUGCAUGUACAAAAACACAAAGUUCCAUGAGAAAGAAAGGAUAACAAAAUAUUGUGUUUCAUGGAGUGCAAUUUAUAUUGUAAUUAAUGUAUAAAUUAUUAGAAUUAAGAAUUUCAAAAUCCCGCCUGAAGUUUCAAUUUAUUACGCCAAUGUUACUAACUAUGUGAGCGAUAAGUGGCGGAGGUCGCUGUGUGCUGUGAAGUUAACUUAACCCCGUAUCCAGUGUUGUAUUUUCUAUUCAGAUUAAAUGUCAGAGUGAAUUACCUACUCACUGGGCAAUAUGACAUUGCCCAGGUUAAGUGAUUAUUCUUUGCUAGAAAAGAUCGGAUCGGGAAGUUAUGCGACCGUCUACAAAGCGGUUAAAAAGGAUGGAUGCCGGGAGGUAGUCGCAAUCAAAUCUGUAGACAAAUCAUCGCUCUCAAAAUCGGCCAUCGAUAAUCUUGUUACGGAGAUUUAUCUGUUGAAGAUACUCAGGCACAAGCAUAUCGUGGAAAUGAGGGAUUUUUUCUGGGAUGAAGGGCACAUUUACAUCGUGAUGGAAUACUGCGACGGUGGUGAUUUAUCAAGUUUCAUAAAGAAGAAACAUCAGCUACCCGAACAAAUUUGUCGUCAAUUUUUGCAACAACUCGCACUCGCUCUAAGGUAUCUACGUAAUAACAACGUCUCUCAUAUGGAUUUAAAGCCGCAAAACUUGUUGCUAAUGAGGCAGCCACGAUUAACAUUAAAAGUUGGAGGUUCGUCUUGCGUUUCAUUCGUCUUAUAUCUUUUUUCUUUCAUACAUUCUGUCGGUCGACUUGCCACGCAAGCAAUUGGACGAAUUUCUAUAUUUACAGAUUUCGGUUUUGCGCAACACAUUUCGAGUUCGGAACAGAAAUUUGCGAUUCGUGGCUCUCCACUUUAUAUGGCGCCGGAAAUUUUAUUGAAACGCAAGUAUGAUGCUCGCGUCGAUUUGUGGAGCGUCGGCGUAAUCAUGUACGAAUGUCUCUUCGGCAGGGCGCCGUAUUCUAGCGGUAGUUUUCAGGAGUUGGCUGAAAAAAUUAAAGACUGCAAGCCCAUAGAGUUACCGAAGGGGCCACACGUGUCGCACGACUGCAAAGACUUGCUGAUGUCCUUAUUGAGACACGACCCUGAUCAAAGGAUAACGUUCGAUGAAUUUUUCGCUCAUGAUUUCCUGGAUUUGGCUCAUGCGCCGACAAAGGAAAAUUAUGACAAGGCGGUCGAGAUAAUUCAGAAGGCCGUGAAAAUGGACGCGGAGAAAAAUGCGAAGGAAGCGUUUCAUUUGUACUGCGAGGCCCUUAGAUAUUUUAUUCCUAUUCUCACAAGUGAGACUGAUCCAAAACGAGAAGAAAGUUUAAGAUUGCGCAUAAAUGAUUAUAUUAACAGAGCAGAAGUACUGAAAGCGUCGUGUACAAAUAAUGAUAAGGACAAAAAUAAAUGUGUAGAACAAGAGCAUAAAGGAAAUUGUCGGAAUGUUCAAGGGGUACCGUCCUUAAGUCGAAGUCCGACACUAGCUUAUCACGAACUACGAACGCUUAGCAAAAGCACGACCAGUAUGCCGGAUGCGUUAGAAAUAGGGGAUAUCGCUGAACUUUAUCUUGCCGAGGGAAAAUACGCGCUUGCAUUAGAAAAAUUUCAAGCGUGUCUAGGAAUACUCGUGCCCCUGCUAAGAAAGGAACCGCCUGGUCGAAGAAGAGACUUAUUACAUAAACAGGUGAUGAAUCAUUACUAUCAUCAAUGCCAAUUUAUUAAUUUACUUGGUCGGUUCUCUUAAUUACAAUAAAGAAACAAUCGGAUACGAAUAAAUUAAUAUGCAACAGUGUAAUAAAAAUUCUACCUUGACCGAGAUAUGAGUGUAUCUGGUACAAAAAAAGAACUGUUUUGUUCAAAGAAAAGUUCUCUACUUAAAGUACCAUCACCACUACUCUAAUAGUGAAAUAUGCAUUUUUAGUACUGACAGUCACAAAUACGAACUACUAAAAACUUGAUCAGAAGUACGAAUAUAACUUUGAUUUGAGUAUUUUUUACUGUUUCUUUAAAACAUUAAUAGCUCCUAAAUAGAAUUUCAAUUUCGAAAUGAGAGUCUGAUGAAUUUUCUCUGUUCCGAUCUUAAUUGAAUUUCACGUUCUUAUUUUUGAUAUCCCUUUUCAAUCGAUCUGAAGAUUUUAAUUCCGGCCGUGUGCAUCGCUCUGUAUACUUUUAUAAAAGUAUAUUCAUUUCACUGUUUUACAACGUAUACGCGUAACUAAAAGCAGAAACCUUUUUAAUUAUUAUUCAAGUUAAAAAUAAAAAAGUAUAAUAAUUAAAGUUUUAUUUAAUUUUGUCGGAUUGCGCGUUGCCUGUGUGAAUGUUAUAUUCAUUAGUACAAACAAAAAUGAUUUCUAUGAACUUAAAUUCAUUUUAUAUUUUCCAAUAUAUGAAAUUUCACUUUAUUUCAUCGAUUUUCAUAAAAAUGCUACACGUGUUUCGGUAAUAAUUGAAACCAAUUCGUUUUACGCUUAUACAUUAACUGACAUUAUAAUAUACGCAGAACUACAUAUCAGUUAUACGAAAAGGAUGCAGUACAUGUGAUUAGAUUAGGUCAACUCAAUAAUUUAUUCAUAAUUAAUAAUCUAGUGUGAGCAUAUUACAUAAAAAAAAAUACAUGAUAUGUAUAAACAGUAUGCAUAAAUAGUAAUUUAUUAUUUAAUCAUUGAUAUUUUACCAAAUACAACUGACCAUAGGUUACUCAUAUUCGAUGUCCCAUAAUGUAAUCACAUAAGAUAAAUGUAUAGUCAAAAAUUUGUAACG